AUUUCGUUCCGUCCCCAUCGCCUUGCGUUCCUUCUUCUUCGGCCUAGGGCAGUUUCUCCAUUCGCUUUCCAAUCCGAAAAUUUGCUGGGGGCAGCUCCGGAUCUCUCUGAGCCCGCUCAAUUAUACCUCAGAUAGCAUCAUCUUGUCUGUCCUCUUUAACAUACUCUCGUUGAUGGUGCUAUCGUAUUCUUGAAAACCUUCUGUACUUUCUCCAUCUGAGCAUACUGCUAUAUUGCAUUUGUUCUUUAACAGUCACCUGCUUUGAGGUGCCAUUUUCCACUUGGAUACCCAUGGCUAAAUCCAUUUUGAGAUUAUUACAUAUCUUUUGUUCUAGCUGUUUCUGGCGUUUUUCUUCCUAUCCAUACAUCAUCACUUUGCUUCCCCAAUAUUGUUGGUUCCUGUGCUCUUUCCAAAGUUUCCUUGGAACUUUGAGCUUUGGAAGAUGUCAAGGAGGACAGAAAAUGCUGCUUCCACCAAAUCAGUUGAAUUGGUCAAACAAGAAGACCAUUUGGAGUUUGAUGAUCCUGACGAGGAAGAUGAAGAGGAAGAAGUUGAGUAUGAAGAAAUUGAGGAGGAGGUUGAGUAUGAAGAGGUAGAAGAGGAAGAGGAAGAGGAGGAGGAAAAAUCUGAAGUUGCGUGUGAAGGUGAUGCUAAACAUGACAGUAAAAUGGUGGAUGUUGAUCAAAAGGAUGAGGAUGAAAAAGAGAAGCAUGCUGAGCUUCUUGCUCUUCCUCCUCAUGGAUCUGAAGUGUACGUUGGGGGCAUCUCCUCAGAUGUAUCUUCUGAAGAUCUCAAAAAUCUAUUCGAGUCGGUUGGAGAAGUCGUGGAAGUGCGGAUACGAGGAAAGGGGGAUAACAAGCUAUAUGCUUUUGUUAAUUUCAGAGCUAAAGAACUGGCUUUAAAGGCUAUCCAAAAGUUAAACAAUAAGGACCUAAAGGGAAAGAAGAUAAAAGUUUCUUCCUCUCAGGAAAAGAACAGGCUAUUUAUUGGGAAUGUACCCAAACAUUGGACACAGGAUGAUUUCAAAAACGUAGUGGAAGAAGUUGGUCCUGGAGUUUUAAAAGUUAAUCUCCCGAAGGCACCACGUUCAGAUCGCCAUAAGGGUUAUGGCUUUAUUGAAUACUACAACCAGGCAUGUGCAGAGUAUGCUAGGCAGAAGAUGUCUACCCCAGAAUUCAAACUAGAUACAAAUGCUCCUACUGUCAACUGGGCAGAUCCUAAGAAUAGUGGUGAAUCUGCUUCUACUGCACAGGUUAAAUCUCUAUAUGUCAAAAACCUGCCCAAGACUGUUACUGAAGAGCAGCUGAAAAAUCUGUUCGAGCAUCUUGGAGAAAUUACAAAAGUUAUUCUUCCUCCUGCAAAAGCUGGUCAUGAAAAUCGGUACGGUUUUGUUCACUUUAAGGAACGGUACAUGGCUAUUAAGGCUUUGAAGAACACCGAGAGAUAUGAACUUGAUGGCCAGGUACUGGAUUGUUCACUUGCAAAAGCUGAUAAGAAGGAUAAUACUGUAUCAGUACCUACUGCGAAAGGAGGUCCAUUGCUGCCAAGUUAUACCCCACUUGGAUAUGGACUAGCGGGGGCCAAUCCACUUGGAAAUGGACUGGCAGGCGCUUAUAAUCCACUUGGAAAUGGACUGGCAGGUGUUUAUAAUCCACUUGGAAAUGGAUUGGCAGGUGCUUAUGGUGUGCUUCCUGCUCGUGCUGCACAGCCAAUUUUGUAUGCUCCAGGUGCUCCUUCAGCUUCAACAAUGACCCCAAUGGUUCUGCCAGAUGGCCGUCUUGUAUAUGUACCACAACCUGCAGGUCAGCAGACUGUGCAUCUGGCUUCGCCUCCGGCGCAGGAAUGUGGUCGUCAUUAUGGUGGCAGCGGCAGCAGCGGUGGUGGAUCCAGCUCCGGUGGAAGGCGGCAGAGAGGAGACGACCGUGGUAGUAAUAGCAACUACAGCCGCAGGGGCCGACACCGUCCCUACUGAUGUUUGCAAACGUUGCUGUUAGGCUGUUAGUGCUUAGAAGUUAGAAGAACCUAGCACGAAGAAAGAAUGGCUCUGUUGCAGUACCUGGCUGGAAACUGUGCUUUCUAGGGGUUUUUAUUUUUGUCGGUCAGCUUCAAACUGCCGUAGAGCUCAUAAUACUGCAAACCGCAGAUGUGGCUUUGGAUACAGUUGUAGUUCUGUGUAUUCAUCCAGCUUCAAGAAUAGUUGUGACGUGUUCGCUGCUCUGGUCAACAUUUGUGCCCCUUUGAUCA